CAACUCCAUUAUUACGUCAAGCUUGUGACUGGUCAUCGCUGGACGAAUCGUGGAACUGGCGCAUUUUCAGUAAUAGGUGAUUGGAGAUCUCCAAAUAAUACUGAGAUUAUUGGUUACCGUGUUUUUAUUUUUUAAGUGGCGGUCCGCGACUAAUGUUUUAAUAUAGUUAGUGAAAACAUUAUUUAUUACUUUAAAGAAAGUUAAUUAAAGUUUGUCGAGGUUUCAACAGUUGCAAGGACAACAACAAGGAAUACAAGAUGUCCGUUUGCUUCUUUGUGCCAGCGGAGCAGAGCGCGGCCGGCGCCGAGGACGCGGACGGCGACUGCGGCCCCGAGGACGCCAUCCAGACGGAGAGCAUCUACACCACGCUGCAGAACUACUGGCAGAAGGUCAACGACGACCUCAAGAACGUCACGCCCGACGACUUCAAAACGCAAGUGCUGCCGCUGGCGCGGAUCAAGAAGAUCAUGAAGCUGGACGAGGAGGUGAAGAUGAUCUCGGCGGAGGCGCCGGUGCUGUUCGCCAAGGCCGCCGAGAUCUUCAUCCACGAGCUCACGCUGCGGGCCUGGGCGCACACCGAGGACAACAAGCGCCGCACGCUGCAGCGCAACGACAUCGCGAUGGCGAUCUCUAAGUCGGACCAGUUCGACUUCCUCAUAGACAUCGUGCCGCGCCACGAGGUGAAGCCGGCCAAGCACGAGCCGCCGCGCCCCCCGCCCGCCGCCACGGCCGCCGCUACUGCCGCCGCCGACCCGGUGGCGCCGCCGGCCGCCAGCGCGCCGCAGCCGCACUACAUCGUGCAGCCGCAAAUGGUGCAGGGCGGGGGCGGAGGGAGCGGCGGCGGUGGGGCGGCGCACCCGGUGGCGCUGGUGCAGCAGCUGGUGGGCGGGGAGGGCGGGCAACUGCAGCUGACGCAGGCGCAGCUCAACAUGAUCCGCCUGCAGGUGCAGAACAACCCCGGCCAGCCCGUGCUCAUCCAGGCGCAGCCGCACUCGCCGCAAAUCAUACAGGUCUCGUCGCAGGCGCCGCACCAGCCGCAGCAGAUCUUCCUGGCGCAGGUGGCGGCGCAGGAAGAGACCUAGUGCCGCCCCCUCCCUCCGCCUAGCCCUACUAUUAUAUCUUAAUGUUACUACCCA